UGCUACCGACCACCGUGAACAAUUGGCGUGCUGCACAGGGAAGAACGAAAUGACAACAGUUGGAAAGAAGAAGCGCGUUUGCUAUUACUACGACGGCGACAUUGGAAACUACUACUACGGUCAAGGACAUCCAAUGAAACCGCAUCGCAUCCGAAUGACACACAAUCUACUUCUCAACUAUGGAUUGUACAGAAAAAUGGAGAUUUAUCGUCCUCACAAGGCAACCAUGGAGGAGAUGGCCAAGUAUCAUUCUGAUGAUUAUGUCAAGUUUUUACGAAAUAUCCGUCCUGACAAUAUGAGCGAGUACACCAAGCAGAUGCAGAGAUUUAAUGUUGGAGAAGAUUGUCCUGUGUUUGAUGGACUGUAUGAGUUCUGUCAACUGUGUACUGGAGGAUCAAUUGCUGGAGCUGUUAAACUCAACAAACAGCAGACAGACAUUGCAGUGAAUUGGUCUGGUGGCCUUCAUCAUGCGAAGAAAUCUGAAGCAUCAGGAUUUUGUUAUGUUAAUGACAUUGUGUUGGCUAUUCUUGAGCUCCUCAAAUAUAACCAGCGUGUGCUAUAUAUUGAUAUCGAUAUUCAUCAUGGAGAUGGUGUGGAAGAGGCUUUCUAUACAACUGAUCGUGUCAUGACCGUGUCCUUUCACAAGUAUGGCGAGUACUUUCCAGGAACUGGAGACCUGAGGGAUGUAGGUGCUGGCAAGGGCAAAUAUUAUGCUGUCAACUUCCCUUUGAGAGAUGGGAUAGAUGAUGAGUCGUAUGAGCAGAUAUUUCGUCCAAUGGUAGCCAAAGUGAUGGAGAUGUAUCAACCUAAUGCUGUUGUUCUUCAAUGUGGUGCUGAUUCAUUAGCUGGUGACAGAUUGGGUUGUUUCAAUUUGUCAUUGAAAGGCCAUGCAGCAUGUGUGGACUUUGUAAAGACAUUCAACUUGCCACUUUUGUUGUUGGGCGGUGGUGGCUAUACUAUUCGAAAUGUUGCUCGAUGCUGGACUUAUGAAACAUCCAAGGCUUUAUCAGUCGAUGUUGCUAAUGAUUUGCCAUACAAUGAUUACUUUGAGUACUUUGGUCCUGAUUUUAAGUUGCAUAUUAGUCCAUCAAACAUGAGCAAUCAAAACACACCGGAAUAUCUUGACAAGAUCAAAACUCGACUAUUUGAAAAUUUGAGGCUCAUACCACAUGCUCCUGGAGUUCAAAUGCAACCUGUUCCCAGUGAUGCAAUUGAUGAAGACAGUGAUGAUGACCAAGCUAAUCCAGACAAAAGGAUAUCAAGUCGUGACCGAGACAAACGUAGAGAUCGUGAUGAAGAAUUUUCUGACUCAGAAGAUGAAGGGGAAGGCGGUCGUCGUAAUGUUAGCAAGACUGGAGAGAUGAAUGGGACAUCAGAAUAUUCUGUUGAUAAACCCAGAGCAGUUGAAUCAUCUCAGGAGGGUGUAAAUACACAGUCAAGUGAGGAAAAGCGACUGAAGUCUCAAGGAGAUGCAGCAACAGAAGGUAGUGAUCAGGUCAUCAAACCUUAUAAAGCUGUUGUUGGAGAGCUGGCGGGACCUUCAUUGGGACCACCUGGUACAGAGGAAGGCAGUGCUGAGAUGACAUCCAAAGAAGAGAUGGAGAGAAAGGAGGAGACAGUGCAUGAAGCAAUGGACACAACUACGGUUGAGACAAGUGGAGAAACUGCAGCUGUGUCUGCUGAAGGAGAUGAAACUCUGCCAAUGGAAGUUGAGCCAACUGAGACUUUGACAAAGACUAGUGGUGACAGAGAAGGCAAUACAGAAGCGUCUCCUGAUUCUGGGAAAGGCUCACAGAUUGGACAAAGUCAACGAAGUGAUCAGGAAUCUGGCAAAGGAGAUCGACCAGCAUUUUCUGGUCAACCAGAUAUAUCGGAAACUACAUCUCAGUCAUUAGGAGACGCUACGUCUAGCUGAGUUACUGUUUUAUUAAUAAUUAUUGUAGGAGGAAUUGUGAGGCUGUUUUACAGUGCAAUAAGUGCACUUACCGUUGUAGCAAUAUACUUGCACCUUAUCCAACUGCUGCUUUUUGUACUGUCAAAGUUGUACGCGUGUGUGCACUCAUUCUGUAUUGUAGCAACUUGAUAGGUUGAACUACCACCAGUUGUAUAAUAAAGUGCGCUGAAUUUUUGUCAAAAACUAA